GGCUCUCAGGUUCCAAACAAGAGGGCGGAGCGUGUUGCCGGUGGGCGGUGUGGAUUGGCUGCUCGGUGACGGCAGGUGGGCGUGUCCUGGCCCGGUUAUGUACCCCGCUGCUCGGUGUCUACUUAGAGCUGUGUCCGGUAGGGUAAGCCGAUGCCCGCGCCGGGCGCUCAGUGCCGCAGGACCUUAUUGAUGGAGCCGCGGGUGUUCGAGCUGUUCGGCCCGGGCGGAGGAAGUGGGGGAGCCGGGAUAAGGGGGAAACCGGCAACCAAGGCCAAGAAAUCCGGCAAGAGCCGGGGCCGGAGCAACAACCCGCCCUACCUACCCCCGGAGGCAGAGGAAGGAAACAUAGAGUACAAGCUGAAGCUGGUGAACCCCUCUCAGUAUCGCUUUGAGCACCUGGUGACCCAGAUGAAGUGGCGGCUGCAGGAGGGGCGAGGCGAGGCGGUGUACCAGAUUGGUGUAGAGGAUAAUGGACUCUUGGUGGGGCUAUCGGAGGAGGAGAUGAGGGCAUCGCUACACACGUUGCACCGCAUGGCCGAGAAGGUUGGAGCAGACAUCACGGUGCUGCGGGAGCGGGAGGUGGAUUAUGACAGCAAGUCCCCUAGGAAGAUUACGGAGGUCCUAAUACGGAAGGUUCCGGACAACCAACAGUUUCUGGACCUGCGAGUUGCUGUUCUGGGAAACGUGGACUCUGGAAAGUCUACUCUGCUGGGAGUGCUCACACAAGGGGAGCUGGAUAAUGGCCGUGGUCGGGCCAGACUCAAUCUCUUUCGCCACCUGCAUGAGAUCCAGUCCGGUCGGACAUCCAGCAUAAGCUUCGAGAUCCUCGGGUUCAAUAGCAAAGGGGAGGUGGUGAAUUACAGUGAGUCUCGCACUGCAGAGCAGAUCUGUGAAAGUGCCUCCAAGAUGAUCACGUUCAUAGACCUGGCUGGCCACCACAAGUACUUGAAGACGACCAUCUUUGGCCUGACCAGCUACUGUCCUGACUUUGCCAUGCUGGUGGUCAGUGCCAACACGGGGAUUGCAGGGACAACGCGGGAACACCUGGGACUGGCCAUGGCUCUCAAGGUGCCUUUUUUUUUGGUGGUCAGUAAAGUCGACCUCUGCUCCCCACAGACAGUAGAAAGGACGCUCCGGCAGCUGGAACGUACACUAAAGCAGCCCGGGUGUAACAAAGUGCCUUUCAUGGUGCGAUCUGAGGAUGACGCGGUCACUGCCGCCCAGCAGUUUGCUCAGUCACCAAACAUCACCCCGAUCUUCGCCCUCUCCAGUGUGUCCGGAGACUCUCUGGACCUCCUGAAAGUUUUCCUGAAUAUUUUACCCCCUCUAACAAACAGUCGAGAGCAGGAAGAGCUGAUGCAGCAGCUGCCUGAGUUCCAGGUUGAUGAGAUUUAUACAGUUCCUGAAGUGGGGACAGUGGUGGGAGGAACGCUGUACAGCGGGGUGUGUAAGGAGGGUGAGCGCCUCGUGGUUGGCCCCACAGAUGUGGGGAGUUUUCUACCCCUCAAAGUGUGCAGUAUCCAGCGCAACCGCUCCGCGUGCCGGGUGCUACGUGCUGGACAAGCCGCUACACUUGCACUUGGGGACUUUGACCGCUCCCUGCUCAGAAAGGGCAUGGUACUGGUCAGUCCGGAGAUGCUCCCAACCGUAUGCUGGAUGUUUGAAGCUGAGAUCGUACUUCUAUUUCACGCCACUUCCUGCAGGCGCGGGGUACAGGUGACGGUGCACGUGGGGAAUGUCAGACAGACAGCCGUCCUGGAACACAUACAUGGCAAGGAUGAGCUACGGACAGGAGAGAAGGCGGUGGUUCGUUUCCGCUUCAUAAAACACCCGGAGUACCUAAAGCCUGGUACCAAGCUUCUGUUCAGGGAGGGAGUUACCAAGGGAAUCGGACAUGUGUGCAGCCUGCAGGUCAUCGCCACAGAUAUCGGCAGCCUCUGACCCACGACUUCCACGGCGGCCUGGUUCCAGCAUCCUCGUUUUUAGAAUCUUCCCAUAUAAACCAUUCUCUUUGCCCGGUUUUAAUCCGCCACAACAGGUGUCUUUUAUACAAGCUGUUUUUAAAUAUCCUUUUUUCUACUGUCCCUGAUUUUUAAAAAAAGGAAAACGUCCUGAAAGAGGGAGUAUUUUUUUCCCCUUCCUAUCCACCCGCUGUGUGUUAUUGGGUGAGUAGGGAGUUCCUACAGAUGUACAAGCCUCUACAGCUGGGAAACCCAGACUCUCUUUAGGGUUAUAUGAAAUAUCAGCAUCCUCAUUAAUGGCCCCUGUCAGUGACUUGCCUGGAAAACCGGACCUCAUGUUUCCUUAGAACAGAGUUGUAAUCCUAAGAGCGUCCAGUACUUGUUGAGUGCACCCAAGUGACGACAUUACAGGUCUUCCCAGAAUCAGAAAUAUUAUUAUUAUACGGGGUAAUCCGCUCCUUCUCUUCUCCAAAGACCCUUUUUGUCUGGCACAAUCAAACGAGGUAAUGAUUGCUAUUAUGUGCUGAGGGUGGGGGGCAGCGAGUGGGACAGUUCCAGACAAGAGUGUUUUAAUUAAGUGGCUCCGGAUUUGGGGAAAGUGACUCGGUGGCUCUGUGGUAUGUAGCAAGAGGUUGGCAGGGUCCCGCUGCUCUCCCUCUCCACGUGUGCAGUUAUAUUGUAUUACUGUGUGAGUGUUUAUCAUUUUGCACGUUAUGUACAGAAUAAAAUGUUUUACGGAG